CUUCCUUCCUCUCCGGCCUCUCUGCGUUUUUUUGCCCUCCCACGGCGAUUCGAAACAAAACCCAAUUCUUUUCCCCGAAGAAAGGAGAGGAAGGAGGCGGCCGGCGAGGUAAUCGACCAUGGGGGACAGCCAGUACUCCUUCUCACUCACCACCUUCAGCCCGUCUGGUAAGCUGGUGCAGAUCGAGCACGCGCUGACGGCGGUGGGCUCCGGCCAGACCUCCCUCGGGAUCAAAGCUGCUAAUGGAGUUGUUAUUGCCACUGAGAAGAAAUUGCCGUCUAUUUUAGUGGAUGAAACAUCAGUGCAAAAGAUUCAAGCGUUGACUCCAAAUAUUGGAGUUGUUUACAGUGGGAUGGGUCCAGAUUUCCGCGUUCUAGUGAGGAAAAGCCGGAAGCAAGCACAGCAGUAUUAUCGAUUGUAUAAGGAAACCAUACCUGUUACACAGCUUGUCAGAGAAACCGCUGCUGUUAUGCAGGAGUUCACACAGUCUGGUGGUGUAAGACCAUUCGGUGUAUCCUUGUUGAUUGCUGGGUACGAUGACAAUGGCCCCCAGUUGUACCAGGUAGACCCAUCAGGAUCAUACUUCUCCUGGAAAGCAUCAGCUAUGGGGAAAAAUGUAUCCAAUGCAAAGACAUUUCUUGAGAAGAGGUACACCGAAGAUAUGGAGCUUGAUGAUGCCAUCCAUACAGCAAUUUUGACUCUGAAAGAAGGAUAUGAAGGGCAGAUUUCUUCCAACAAUAUUGAGAUUGGGAUAAUUCGAUCUGACCGUGAAUUCAGGGUCCUGAGCCCUGCGGAGAUCAAGGAUUUCCUGGAAGAGGUGGAGUAAAGCCGCUCCUCAGCAAUUCGCAGGUUUCAGCGACAAGAAAAGCAAGAACUCAAGCAGCCAUGCCGACACCCCCCUAAAGUUCACAUCUUCCAGAUUUGUUUCCAAUCUUUCGAACUGAUCAUCAGUGGCAUAUCAUAGACUCGAUCGUGCAGCUAAGGCGCUAAGCUUCCAGGUAGAGAGGUAGGUGCGUCGUGCAUGCAGUACCCUGCCUGUCGCGCUGUCCGCCACUUGCUUGCUUGGGCCAACAAUACUCCGUGGUGCUCCCGGGGCCCCACGUACAACGUCCGUUUCACCACCGUCCCGAUCACAGGGCAGCCAGCGUAAUCAGGAUGAAAAAUCCGCGUCCAGUCGUUAGGUGGUUUUUGAUUGAGGUCAGGCGUGUUGAACCCUCCCCAACUGUCAGUCGGGUCUGUUAGGCCGGAGAUGUGUGGCUUGGGGACGGGUGGACGCACGCUGUCACCUGUCGGCCUCGGCUCCCUCUCUCUAAGCCACCUGAGAUGCACGUCUGCCUAAUGGCCUGGUAGUACACCAGGUCGGCUGCGCAGAUCAGGAUUGCCCAACUUCGUAUGGCGAAUCACCAUUUUGACCAGGAGAAAAAUUGCAUGGCUGACGCUA